AGUAAAAGCGGCCCAAGCAUCAGCACCACUAAGCUUCACCUCCUCAUCAGCCGACAGCUACGGAGCCUUUAUGUGCUGCCCAGGCGGAGAAAAGCCACACGUCGACCUCACACACGGCUUCACGAUCACUAACGAGCUUCAGGUGUUCGACAUAACUGUGUGUGUGUGUGUGUGUGUGUGAGUGAGUUGGGGUUUUUUUUGUUGUUGCGGAGGACAAAAAUCCCGAGGCACUUUUUCCCCUCGAUCCGCGGAGCAGCACGUGAAGAGCGAGUCCUGUUUCCGAGCGCAGUGUGUGAUGAGCUGUGAAUAACGGAUCCACGCCGGGGUUUGGACUGACAAACUUUCUCCCGGUGAGAGGGAUGCUCUGUGCCCUAACUCCACUUUGGCCUUCUGAAGGAACUUGAUAUUAGUUUUUCAACCGGAUCGGACUUUUUUUUUCUGUGCUCAUUUUUCUAACUCUUGUUUCUCGCAGGUAGCCUUAUGUCAUCUUGUAUGUAAGCGUGUGUGUGUGCGUGUGCGUGUGUGUGCGUCUGUGUAGCUUAUAUUGAAGGCAUCAUCCUGAUUUAAACGUUUUGCCGAACAUGUCUGCUGGCGAUUUGCGCAGCGUUACGACACAACGCGACCACCAGAUAACGUUGAUGUAUUAUAAACUGCUUUGUGUGCGCUAAAUGACUGUUUUGCUGAUGAAUUACGAAUCUUCACCCUCCGCUAUAGGCUGUUCUAUAUCCGCUCAAAGUCUUGCACUGACUUACAUAAUCUCAUUCUAACUCUUUCCAUAGGGAACGGGAGUGUUCUUCUUCUAGCCUAUGAUUAACCCUGUUUCGUGCACUAUUUAACACGCUUUAUAAAAAAAAAAAAAUAAUGACAUUAGUCGCUGAUGAGAAACUCUUUCCCGUCUGAUAAUCGACACGCUGAAGUAUGGACUUCUAAACUUCCCAGUCAACUCUAGGAACAAUCUGUAGGCAACAUUAAAACCUUAAACACGGACCUUGAGGACUGUGCACGGGAAAGAACGACACUUUUGGCACUUCUGACUGAGUCGAGAGAACGCACAGCCGCCCAGAUGCAGUUUCGACUCUUCUCCUUUGCUCUGAUCGUGUUGAACUGCAUGGACUACAGUCACUGUCAGACGCAGGCGCAUCGCUGGAGAAGGAACAAAAGAGCUAGCUAUGUUUAUCCACCCUGCAAAGGCUGCUCAGUGUGUUCGAAGGAUAAUGGGUGUAUGACGUGCCAGCCCAAGCUCUUCCUUUUCCUGAGGAGGGAGAGGAUGAGGCAGUAUGGCGAGUGUCUUCAUGUCUGCCCCUCUGGCUACUACGGCACCCGUGGGCCGGAGAUCAACAUGUGCUCAAGAUGUAGGAUAGAUAACUGUGAGACCUGCUUCAGCAAAGAGCAUUGUACAAAGUGCAAGCCUGGAUUUUACUUGCACAAAACCCGCUGCUAUGAGAAGUGUCCAGAGGGCUUUGCUCCACUGGAUGACAGCAUGGAGUGUGGAGAGGGCUGUGAGGUGGGUCAGUGGAGUGAUUGGGGGACGUGCACCAGGAGAAACAAAACAUGUGGCUUCAAGUGGGGAUUGGAGACUCGCACACGACACAUUGUGAAGAAACCACCAAGGGAUACGAUACCGUGCCCUACAAUUGCUGAGUCCAGAAGGUGCAAAAUGCCUAUGCGACACUGCAGGAAAGGGGGAUCGGGGAAGCACAAGCCCAAAGAUCAGAAGAAGAAGUCCAACAAGCAGAGGCUGCGUUUCCGGGCUCAGAACCACCACAGUGACCACCUGGCCUCAUUGAGGGCCAGCCAGUAAAGACUGAGAUUUCCACAUGGAACGAAGAUCAGAAAGCUGCUACCCGCUGCUCAACACACACUCGUACAUGCACACGCACACCCACACACCCACACACACACUCACUCACUCACACACACACAGACACACACACACAAACACGAAUGCAGUUCCUCAUAGUCUCUUAAGCUGUAAACACACAUUCACACAUGCGCUGUGUAUUCGUACCUCCUGCUGCUUCCAUUGUGCCGGUGCCCCAACGCGUGACCCUUCUCAACAUCAUCGAGCCGUACAGCAGCUGUUGAUACCCAGUCUGAGCUGAAAGAUGAGGAAAACAGAGCUGAACGAGGACUGAAGGAGUCAUGGACUUUAAGGUUGGAGGAUGAGCAAUGAGCAAGUGAGAGAGAGAGAAAGAGAGAGAGAGCAGGAGGAGAAAUGAUAGAAGGAGGGUGGAUGGAGAGAAUAAUGUGUUGAGAAGAAAGAGACUUGUCUAUAUUUAUGUAAAACAAUGUGCGCAUUGAUGGAGGCAGAGUGUGCCAUGUAAUGCCUUUUCGGUUGUCUCUGUACAUUUUUGAGAGUAAUCCAGUAUAAUGUGUAGUUGCAAAGUAUUUUAUUCUCGGCACAAGAUGUUUACGUCCAGACUGCUUUAUGCUCUAACUGUAUAUUGUGGAUAAUAAAAAUUUAGUUGUUCACCUAGCAUGGCCACAAGCUCAUGUGUACAUAGUUGGUGAGUUUAUCUAAUGAUAUUACUAAAAAAAACAUUACUGUAUUUUCAGUAUUGAACUCCUUCCCCAUUAAAAUGUGUUAGUAAAAGGUUAUAAUACCAGCUACAGAUUUAAGAUAAAAAAUAAACAAAAAAUACGUAAAUAAAACAUAGCCUUCACAUAGCUAUUACAUUUAUAUGGUAUAUAAUUGAUUUAUUUAUUGAUUUUGAUUUUGUACUUUUGUUUGUGUUUUCCGUGACAGUUUUGUCUUUGUAUCUGUUACUACUCUGUGCUGAAAUAUUCUUUGAACACUUAUAACAAUACAGAUAUCUCCACCAGUGAAACCAGUUUCUGUCAGAUGUGUCUAAUAACUGUUCUUUAGAAGAACUUUCCUUGCUUUAAGCUUUAAACUGACCCAUAAUAGAGCAGCUGAAAUAUUAUAGGCAAUGGAAUGACAAUGUAUAUAUGAUGUUCUAUUAAAAAUGCAAUUCAUGCCA